AUGACUUCUAUAUUUUGUGCCAUAUCCUUCAUAAAGAGUGUCUCUGGUUCAAAUAAAUGUAGAAUUGGGUCCGCAAUUUAUCGAACUGCAAUUGAUGAGUUCAUGGAAUAUAAAUUUAAAGCCUUUUAUUCAGAAGAGUCAUCGCUUAUUAAAGAAUUAACUGAAAAAACUAUAAUUAUGAUUAUUGGUCGUUUUGCAUUUGAAGACAAAUUAAAUGUCACGAUUUCUCAAAGUGUAACUUUGCGUAUUCAAACAGCACAAGACGAACCUAAUAUUUAUGAUUUGCCAAUUGCACCUGCUUUUGGCAUUUUUUCUGCACCCAUUCAGGACCCUUCUGAACCAUAUGAGAAUAAAGCUAUAUUUCGUCUAAAAAAAGACGUAUAUAAUAGUGUAAAUAGAAAAAAUACUAAUUUGUCUGUAAUAUGUAAAUAUGAUCCAAGAGGUCAUCAUUCUAGUGUAGCUGAAGCUUCAAAAUGUCGAUCUAUUUUUUCUGUUGCUGGUGAAUUAGUUUUUGUUGAAAAAUCAGUCUUUGUAUUAUGCGAUGCAAUAGAAUGGAACUACAAAACACAAGAAAAUUUUGAAUCUCCAAGUAACAAGAUGGAACAUUUGAAAAAUAAGAGAGCAAGAGAUGAAGAGCUUGCAAAGAUUGCAAAAAUCUUUAAUUCAAAAAAGAAAAAUCGUUCUAAUACUCAUGAAGAUAUUCUAAGAAGCGAAACUGCUUUAAACAAUAUCAGAGCAGAAGAAAAUGAAAAAAACUCUAUAAUUGGAACUUUGUCAAAUAACUAUAAUGAUUCAACGCAAAUGAAUAACAAUGUAACGAAUGAAUCUAUCCAUAAUACUAAUACUAUAAACAAACAAGACAACUUGUACGUGAAUAUAGAUUGUAGCCAAGUAACCAAUAAUCUUGACAAUCAAGACGUCAAACAUUCCAUCACUAUAAUAGAAAUUGAAGAUUCUGAUACAUCCUAG